CUAUCUGCUUCUGCAUUUGUGUGCUCCUGUCAUUAGCUGGAGCAAAGCCAGUUACAACAUUUUUAAUGUUUUGGAUUAAUUUGGUUCAUUUUGAAAAGCCAACUAAUAAGAAAAAUGCUCUGUUACCCAGACCACCUCUUAUUCUGAGCUUUUCACAGUGUGUUGUGUUACAGCAGAUUAUCACCACCAUGGGAGUGAAUGACCUGUGGCAAAUUCUAGAGCCUGUUAAGGAACACGUGGACCUAAAGGAGCUUGCUGGGAAAACCAUUGCAGUUGAUCUGAGCCUCUGGGUGUGUGAAGCACAGGCAGUCAAAAAAAUGAUUGGAACUGUCCUGAAGCCCCACCUCAGAAACCUGUUUUUUCGUAUCUCCUAUUUAACACAAAUGGAUGUAAAAUUAGUGUUUGUUAUGGAAGGAGAGCCACCAAGGCUAAAAGCUGAUGUCAUAAACAAGAGGAAUCAAAUUCGGUAUGGACCUUCUGGUAAAACGUCUCAGAAAAUGGAGAGAUCACAUUUUAAGCUGGUUUUACAAGAGUGUCUGGAUCUGCUGGAGUGCCUAGGAGUGCCCUGGGUUCAGGCGACCGGGGAAGCGGAAGCCAUGUGCGCCCACCUCAACGCAGCGGGCCAGGCAGACGGCUGCUUUACCAACGACGGAGACGCUUUCCUCUAUGGGGCCCAGACCGUUUACAGGAAUUUCACUAUGAAUGCAAAGGACCCCCACGUUGAUUGUUACACCAUGACAUCUAUCAAGGAUAAGCUGGGCUUGGACAGGGACACUCUGGUUGGACUGGCGGUUCUUCUCGGCUGUGAUUAUCUCCCGGAGGGAGUCCCUGGAGUUGGAAAAGAAAAGGCGUUAAAACUUAUACAGACUUUGAAAGGACAGAGUUUACUUCAGAGGUUUAAUCAAUGGAAUGAAAAAUCAUCUCACACCAGUCCACAAGCAGCAGUCACUAGAAAACCAGCUCAUUGCUCGCUGUGUUCCCACCCAGGCUCAUGUGAUGAUCAUGAACGGAAUGGAUGCAGACUAUGUAAAAGCGGUAAGUCCUGUGAGCCACAUGGUGAUGAAUACUGCUGUCCCUGUGAGUGGCAUCGGACACAACAUCACAGCCAGCCUGCCGGAAUCGAGGAAAGUAUAAAGAAGAAAGCUUGCCAGUGUGAAGGAUUCCCAUUCCAAGAGGUCAUUGAAGAAUUCCUUUUGAACAAGGAUAAACUGGUGAAGAAGAUCUGCCCCCAGAGGCCUGAUUUGUUGCUGUUUCAGAGAUUUACUCUUGAAAAAAUGGAGUGGCCCAGUCACUAUGCAAGUGAGAAAUUGCUGGUACUCUUGACUCGAUAUGACAUGGUAGAAAGAAAGCUUGGCAGACGGAACUCUAAUCAACUACGGCCAGUUCGAAUUAUUAAAAACCGAAUUAGACACGGAGUUCAUUGCUUUGAAAUAGCAUGGGAAAAGCCUGAACAUUACGUUACAGAAGAUGGGCAAAAAGGAGACUCGGUUGUAUUAACGAUCGAAGAAGAAUCAUUGUUUGAAGCAGCAUAUCCAGAGAUUGUUGCUGUUUACAAAUUACAGAAGUUAGAAAUUAAAGGGAAGCAAAAAAGGGGUAUGAAAAUUAAGCACAGGAAAAAUAAUUUACCAGACUCGGAUGAUGCAGUGAGUGUUCAGUCACAACUGACUUUAAAACCCGCUUGUGAAAUCUUUCCUAAACAGAAUUCCAAGCUGAAUUUGGAAAUUCUUCCCAUUCCUGCAUUAUCACAGGAAGCCAUCUCUGCCUCAUUGAAUAACUUACUUUUACCUGAAGAUGAUUCCUGUUUGAAUACCCAUGAACAGUUUAUAUCCUCCCCAAGACUUUUGGAUACCCAACAAAAGAACAAAGCUGCAACUGAAUAUCCAACUUCAGAAGCUGGUCAACACAAUUCCUUAAACGACAGUAGGUCAGUAAUUGCUGAUCUGCACUUGAGCACCAUUGACUGGGAAGGCACUUCUUUCAGUAAUUCCCCAGCUAUUCAAAGGAACACUGUCUCUUGUGAUUUAAAGUCAACACUUACAGCAGAGCUGUCAACCCCUACUGAUUCUUAUGAAAAUAUCCCAGAACAACUAUGUGAAUCAGAGCAGUUCGCCUCAAACAUGAAUGAAGCUUUGGAUUGGGAUCUCCAAAAGAUUAGUUCUGAAGAGCAUAUCAUUUCUAGCAUUUCCAAUUUAUGUCUAAAGGAUUUGCCUUUAAGGGAACGACUACUGAUAAAGUCAUCAUUUCCUCAGAAUAAUGUACAACCAGAUGCUGACCUGAAAACUUUGUCCCUAAUUAGGAGAAAAGAAUCUUGUGUCACUAAGAAUAGUUUUGACUAUUCACCACAUCUUUCUCAGGAUCUUCCAGGAAUCCAUUUGCAAAAUGAACCCAGAAAUAGUGAAAUGUUAAAAGACCAACUACUUCAAGAAAACUGCGAAAUAACCUCUUCUGCAGCUCUUUCUGACAAAAAUCCAACAGCAUUUAGAGCUGGACCACCAAAUAUAACUUCAAAUCACAGUAGAAAAUUUGAUAUGCCAGCCACCAAGAAAGCUGUAAUGCCGAGAAGUGUUUGCCUUGAGAGACAUUCAUCUGAUGACGAAAGUACCCCAGUGUUUGAGAGAGCUAAGUUCUCAACAAACAAAAUAAACCAUGGUUUUCAGAAUAAUCUCACAGCCCAAUUCAAAGAAAAUGACCACAACAACUUACCUAAUCCUAAACUGUUGAUGAAAGAAACUGAAAAAUAUUACAAAUCUUUCAAAACAUCUAGAAAUGAAGAAGAUUCUUCCUCUGGCCCAGGAAAAAAGCUCCUGAGUUUUCCCCAAUGUCAUCAGAAAGGGGAUCACAACUCCGGUGUUUGGCUGGACAGUCCACCUCCUUUAUCCCAGAGAUUAAAACUCAAGUUCCAAAACAUUUGAGAUCUGAAAUACCAAAGCAUAAUGUAUUAUUCAAGUAUUGUGUGCAUUAGCAGAGGAAAGAUGUCCCAUUAAUGCUGGAGAGGAAAAUUUAAUGUGGCUUUAUAUGUCGCAAAAUGUUUUUGCCUCUUUAAUCAAAAUUAUAACUUCAAAAUGUUGUUUAAAAGUUUGGUUUUAAAGGAUGAACCCUGGAGUGAAGACUUCAGAUAAUGUCUCAUUUUAAAAUAUAUUUUUGCCCUUUCUAGUA